AUGCUUCCUAUUCUUUAUAUCUAUGGGCCCAAGCUGAUUCCGAUAGUCACCUGCUCUGCGUGGUGCUGGACUCAAACGAGGAGAAUCCACUAUUCCACGCCCCUGUGCGGCAGCCGAAGGAAAUCCUCGACAUCGGCACAGGCCGAGGCAGCUGGGCCGUCCACUGUCCGAGGCGUAGAUCUCUUCCCUCCGCCAAUCGACUGGCUGCCCCCGAAUUGCAUCAUGGAGGUAGAUGACGUCCUCAAAGAUUGGACCUGGAAAACCUCAUUCGACCUUAUUCAUCUCCGUCAGAUGGUCGGUGCAUUCACACCCAAAGAAUGGGAUGGCGUCUUCGAUCAAUGUUACAGAAAUCUCGAACCUGGCGGUUGGAUCGAACAAUUGGAAGUUGAUCCUCACAUUGUUUGCACAGACAACAGCUUGCCUGCCAACUCAUAUGCCGUCCAGUUUGCGGACGCGAUCAUCAAGGCCGCACAGAAGGCCAACCAGCCAAUUGAUACCGUGGAGACCAUGCGCGGUCGCAUGAUCAGGGCUGGAUUUGUCGAUAUCCAUGAGAAAAAGUACAACUGGCCCAUGGGUCCUUGGCCGCGAGAUCCAUUGCUCAAAGAAGCUGGACGCCUGCACUAUCAUCAGUGGAUGCAUGGAAUGGAGGGGUGGGCUAUGUAUUAUCUGACCAAGUGGGGGACUCCGAGCCCCUGGUCUACCGACGAGGUUCAGGUGCUUGUUGCGAAAGCUAGGAAUGAGCUCAAGGAUGGCCGGAUUCACAUGUGGCAGUAUGCGAAGAGGGUCUGGGCUCGAAAACCUACUAGGGAGGAGAUUAAUGCUGCUGGAUCCCCCUUGGGCGUUCCCAUCAAAGAUGAAUAUAGUCCUUGA